AUGUCUUAAAAAAAAACCAAAAGUAUGAAAAAAGGAGUGUCAAACUUCUUACUCAAAACCUACAAUAUCAUUAUGGUAUUUAACUAUUUAUACAUGUUCGAAUAUUCCUAAAUUGAUCAUCAGAAAUUUUGAUGAUUUUAGGAAUUAAAUUCUCGAAUUAUUAUAUAUAUUCAAUUGAUUAUUAAUAACUUUUAGAAUCCAGAAAACUAAGAUAUUAUUGAUUUUACUGAUAAAGGGAAUGCAUUUGUAGUUAAAGAUCAAACCAAAUUGAGCAAUGACAUCCUCCCAACUCAUUUUAAACAUCAUAAUUUCAGUUCUUUUAUUAGACAAUUAAAUAUGUAUGGAUUCAAGAAAAUUCGUAAUGUUAACAACCAAAAUGAGUUUAGUCAUUAUUAUUUCAGAAGAAAUAUGGAGUAUAUAAAACAUAUUAACUUAGGCAUUUGUUGAUAAAUAUAGCAAGAAGAAAUGGUGGGGUUAAGGCAAAAAAGGAAAAAUCAAUAUAAGUGAAAAAUAGUAAGGUAAAGUAAAUUCCGAAAGAUUUCUUUGAUAAAUUUGAUUAAUUGAAAUAAGAGAUACAAAAUAUCAACUUAGAAUCGAAUUUCUUUAGUAAAUAAAUUGAAUAGGUAUCCUUUUGUAAUGCUAUUAGUUUUAAAACACAUAAUCCACACUGCUUGAAUCCUAUCACUCUUUAUUUAUGGAAUUUAGUUUUAUAAAGAGCAAGCGUUAAACUUAUAGUGAUUUGAUAUGCCAACUAUUAUUUCGAUUAACCAACGCUUCUCAGAGUGAUUAAAUACUAAGUUUCUAAUUUUUUAUAUAAUUUUAGAUAUGGUUCAGAAGUUCAAUAAAACAAAUUAGAAUACCAUGAGCAAUGGAACUGGCAGUUCAGAUAAUAAUAAUGAAUAGAAUGGUGGAUCCAGUAAAGAUGGUAUUUUUAAGAAUUUAUCCUAGAUACAAAUUAGAGUAAUGGGAGCAAUCCAUAAUUGGAGGAAGAAAGAAUAAAGCCUGUUUGA